UCUGGACCCCGAGCCGGCACCAGGACCCCCUCCACGGCACGAGCAGAUGACGCCAGCGUACCUGCAGCCCAGGUUACACCUGUGGCGCGUUUGCCAGGACCCCAUCACGGCCCUGGAGCAGCGCCAGGAGAGGCCUCCCUCCCAGCACAGGCCUGGCUGGGAGCCCGUGGCCCUGGAGGCCGUGGACACCCCGCCUCUGGCCAGGCAGAGGAGCCAGGGCCUGGAACCCCCAAGGGCUCCCCCAGCGUCCCCCCUGAGGAGGCCCCGGAAGCAGCCGCACCCUCGGAAGGGAAUGGAGGAGGCGGACCCUCAGUUCCAAGGGGUGACCUUGAACUUUGAGAUCAAGUCAGACGCCAGUUUGCAGAUCGUCCCCAGCUACCGCAGCAGCAGCGGCGGCCCGACUCAGGAGCCCCCUCCAGCCCCUGCUGUGGCUCCUGAAGUGAGCACCCCAGGACCCAGCGAGGCCCUGGGGCCCCGGCGCUGCGCUUCCUGUGGGACGCAGAGGACCCCGCUCUGGAGAGAUGCUGAGGAUGGCACCCCGCUGUGCAAUGCUUGUGGAAUCAGGUACAAGAAGUACGGCAUGCGAUGCUCCAGCUGCUGGCUGGUGCCCAGGAAGACCGUGCAGGUGCGGAGGCUGUGUGGCAGGUGUGGGAUCUCCUGGGGCUCCCGCAGCGGCCCCACUGAUUAGACCUACGCGCCUGGCUCUCCCUGCCCCCGACCAGCAGGGCAAUGGGAACCCUGUGCCCGCUGCCUCUGUCCCAGCUGUCUUCCCCUCGGGGGUCCCAGGUGGGAGAUGCAGGCUUCAGAAUCCCCCAAGAGCUCCCCAGGCCACCUUCCCGUCAACCUUGCGGUGACACUCCUGUUGUAACUGGUAACGAA